AUGUUGAGCGAAAAAAAUAAUAUAGAUAAUAUUUUUGAAUUUUUAUAUUCAAAAAAAAAGAUAAAUGAAAAUAUACAAUUGCUUAAGAAUGAUAUAGAGGAUAUUUUAAAAGAUGGAAAUAACGAACAAAUUGUCCCUCGAUUUAUUAAUUUAGUAUUAUUUGUAAAAGAUGAAAAGUAUUUGAAGAAUAAUUUAAGUAUUUGUUUAUAUAUUUUUUCUAAAUCAUUAAGUGAAAUAAACAAUAUAAAUUUGAAAAAAAAUAUAUUUAAAUAUAUUUUAAAAAAAUUAGAUAAUAGGAGUAUUAGUUAUUUUGAUAGAGCAUUAGUAUGUAAAAGAUUUUUUUAUAUUUGUACUUUUUAUGACACAUUAACUGAACUAAAGAAUAAUACAACAUUUAGUGAUUUGUUUGUGAAUUGUUUAGCUUUCUUAGACAGCUUGUUUUAUAGUAAUAAAAAAUAUAAUGAAUUAAGUAAUAAAUUUCGUAAUAUAAAAAAAUGUAUUAUUCAUAAAUUAAUUAUAUUUUUUAAUAAUAUAUUUAAAAUGAAUAAAGGGAUACACGAAAAUGAAUAUAAAAAUAAACUUAAUGAAGACUUUGAAUUCAUUUUAAAUAAAUUUACAAAAGAUAAUUUUUUUUAUAUAUUUGUUGAAUCAUUCAGUUUAUUCAUGUACAGCAGUAAUAAUAAUUUGUUAAAUAGAGAAGAGUAUAUGGAAACAUUUGUAAACUGUUUUAGUAAUCACUUAAAUUCAAGUGAAGAAAUAUCACUAAAAAUUAACAAAUCAUUUAAAUUUUUCUUUAGAAAUCUAAAAGAUGAAAAAAUAUUUAGCAUUAUAUUAAAACAAAUUCAUAGGUUUGAUGAAGCUGCUUUAACAAAUUCGACUCCAUUUUAUUAUUACAGUGAAUUAUAUAAUAAAGAUCAUUUUUAUGAUUUGUUAGAAAUUGUUAUAAAUGUAAAAAAAAAAAAAAAUAUUGAAAACAGUAAUUUACUAUUUUUAAUCAUUUUACAUAAAUUUCACAUUAAUAAUGACCAUGAUUCUAUAUUAAAAAUUUUGUUUGAAAACAAUAAAAAGUUAAAUAUUAUUAAAUUUAAUGAAAAAGUUAUAUUUCUAAGGAGCAUAAAAUAUUUACUUUCUACUAACAAAAAUAAAGAAUUAAAGGAUAUUGUUAUUUCAAACAAAAAUAUUAUAAUAAAUUAUUUAAAAAAUGAUUUAAAUGAAGAUGUUAAAUUAGAAUCAUUAGAUUUUAUAAAAAACGUAUGCAGCAUUUUUAAAAAUGAUAAAGAUAUAUAUAAUGCUUUUUCUUCCAAUGUUUUUGAAAUACUAGAAAAAUUUGGAAAAAAUAAUGAAAAGUUUUUGUAUUUUUGUAUAUUAUUUUAUUUACAUUCUAUUUCUGUUAUUGAAGUAAAUGAAAAAAUGCUAACAGCUUUUAAAUCUCAUUUAAAUUUAUGCUUGACGAAACAAAUAUUGAAAUAUACAUAUGGUGUUAAUUUGUUAUUAUUUUUAGUUAUAAAAAACAAGUUUCCAUCUAUAAACGUAAAUAAUUAUAUAAAUGAAAUUUUGUUUAAAAGCAUAUAUAACCAAAAUGAACUUUUUUAUUUAUUUGAUAUGAAUGAAAUAAAAAAAAUUCCUUAUGAUAAAUUCUUUUUUUACAUGUAUUCUCUUUGUUUACUACUUCAUUUUAUAUAUAUAGAAAAUAAGAAAAUAAUCCCUGAGUAUACAAAUAGCAUAAACAAUGAUUUUUUAAAAUAUAUUUCCCUUGAUCAUAUUGAAAAAGAAAAAGUACAAAUAUUAUUAAAUACCAAUGAUAAUAAAAGUAAUAAAAAUAUAAAUAUUUCACAAGUAAACAAAAAAGAAGAUAAAAAAAUAGAAAAAGAUGUACAAAAAAUAAAUAUAAAUCAUUUGAAUAUGCUUUGUACUCUUAUUAUAUUAUGUAUGCUUCAUUAUCUACAAGAAAAAAAUAAUAAAAUAGAAUUAAAAAAGAAAAAAAGAAAAAAUUGCGGGAAUUAUAUAUUAAGUUUAAAAAAAUGCGUAAGUAAUGAAAAUAAUUAUGAGUAUCAAAAUUUUUUAGAUGAUUUUGAUAUGCUUUUAGAUAUAUUACUAAUGAAAAAGGACAUAUAUCAAUUAAUUUUGUGUAAUUUAUACAAUUAUUUAUUUAUUUACUGGAAUAAUUCCCUUUUACAAAAUACAAAUUAUUAUAUUUUAAGAAAAUUUCUUUUUUUUCUUUUUUCCUACGUAACAAAAAUUGAUUUUGAUAAUAAUGAAAGAGAAAAUUGUUAUACUUUGUUACUUCUUUGCUUAUGCCAUCCUCAAAUAUUUUAUAAGAAUUUGACUAAUCCCAAAAGUAGAAAAAAAAUAAAAAAAUUUAUAUCAAACAAAAUAUUAAAUAAUGUGAACUUUGAAAUAAUUAUAAAUUUUGUUUUAAAAGGUUAUGAUUAUUACAACAACGAUUUACAUAAAAAUUUAUGCUUUAAUUUAGUUGAAAUUUUUUAUAUCUUAGAAAAAAAAGAUUCCUUUACAUCCAAGGAAGAAAAUAUAUUAGAUAGAAAUAAAAGAGAUAUUUCUACAUAUGAUAAUAAAAAUGAUGUUGAAAUGCCUGAAAGUACAGGUAAAAAUGGAUUAUUCACAAUAAAAAAUUUAGAGAUUAAAGAAAAACUAAUUUUUUUAACAAGCAAAUUGAUAGACAUGUUAGAUGACAAAAGCAUAGAAAAUAUAAAAGAUGAGGAAAUAGAAAUUUGUAAAUGCCCUUAUGACUUUUUAUAUGUAGAUAAGAAUGUUUAUCAACCAACAGUAGUAAUUGAAAGCAAAAAUUUAAAAAGAAAUAAACAUUUAGUUUCAACGUAUGGAGAAGAGACAGCUGAGUUAAUAAUGGAAGAGCAGCUUAAUAAAAAUAGAAAAGCGAAUACAAAUCAAACAAAAGAGAAAAAAUGUAAUAAAAACAAAGGCAUGACAAAAGAAGAAUUAGAAAAAGAAGAAAUAAAGAAACAAAAUGAAAUAAGAAUUAAUAUAUAUGAAAAAAUAGAAAGAAAUAAAUACCUUUUGAAAUGUAUAAAAAAGAUGAGUUAUAUUAAUGAUGUAUACGAUACCAAAUAUAUAAAUUUACUUAUAAAGAAAAUUAUGAUAUUUUUAAAAAAUGAUUUGACAUCUAGAUAUUCUCAGAAAUAUUUAAAUAUAAUAAUUGAUAAUAUGAUUAGUACUGAAUUGCUGAAAUGCAAAAAUAAAAUUACAAGAUGUUUAUAUAAAAUAAGUAAAUAUAACAAAGCAGAUGAAACAGCUUUAAUGAUUUUUAGUUCAUUUAAUAUGAACGAAAAAAUAUCAUAUGUGUUAACACUAUUUUUGUUUCCAAUAGUUUUUCAUAGCAUUAACAUUAUAAAUGAUAAAAAUAUAACUUUAAAUAUAUUAAAAACUUUAGACAUAUUACUACAUUCAAAAACAAAAAUAAAUGAUGAAGAUGCUUUAAAAUGUUUACAAAUUUCUUUUUCGAAAUAUCCAGAUCUUGACAUAGAGCUAGAAUCCUUUUUAAAUAACUUUAACUCUUAUUUGUUAAAUAAAAAAAAUAUUAAAACACUUUUGGAAUUUUGUAUAACAGAAAAUGAAAAACGCAGAAAUGUUAUAAUUAAGUCUUUACAUAAAUAUAUAAAAAAUAAAGAAAAAGAAGAUGUAGAAAUGGAAAUAUUCAAGAAUGAAUUAAUAUAUAAUUACAUAAAUAUAUACAAAAAUGAUUAUAAUAAAGAAACAAAACAUUACUGUAAAGAAAUUAUAUCCAUAUUAAAAAUCCCAUGUGUAAGUGAUCAGUAUAAGCUAAUAGAUUCUUUACAAAAAGAAUGUUUAGAUUUUCAGAAUAUGGUAUGUAAAGCAAUCGUAGGAUGUACAGAAAAAAAAAAUACAAAGCAAUUAAUAAUACAAUUAACAUCAAAAUACAUAACUUUUAAGGAAUAUGGAAAAAUAGGAAUAUUGAAAACAUUGGAACAUUUAUCUAAAGCUUAUUAUAUUACUAGUAUUGAUGAUGUAGAGUUUAUUUUAAAUUUUUUAUUAGGUUUAUGUUUAGAAGAAAAAAAUGACAUAGAUAAAAUAAAAGACUAUGUCAUUAUAUGUGGUAGUUCAUUGAUUAAUUCAUACAAUGAGUACAUAUCAAAAUUUAAAAAAAAGAAGGAGCAAAAAAGAAAUAUUAAUAAAAAUAAAAAAGAUAUCGGUAAAGAGAAAAUGCUUAAUAAUAAUGAUGAAUUAUCAGAUUAUAGUAAUUUAGGGGAAUCCUUUGAUUAUUCUUCAUCUUCAUCAUCUGCAAUUGAUAAUGUUACUAAAAUAGAAAAUGAAAAAGAAAUGAGAGAAUCAUUUAAAAGAAUAUAUAAUGUGUUAAAUAAAUAUAGAGACAAUAAAAAAAGUAAACAUAAAAAUACAUUAGAUUUAAUAGUUGUAAUGUUUUAUGGAUGUUUAGGUUCCAAUUUAAAAAAUGAAUCAUUAGAAUUAUUGAAUAAAUUAAUAGAACAAAUAUUACAUAAAGAAACUGAUAAUUUUACACAAAUUGAAAUUAGUAUAAUAAUACCAAAAUUUAUAGAAAAUUUAAAAAAUGAUAAGGAAUCAGAUGAUGAUUAUAACGAUAUAAAGGAAGGUACUUUAAAUGAGGAAUAUAACAAUUUCAAUAGUAAUAAUAACAAAAAUGGAAUACAUGAAUCACAUAUAAGGAACGAAGAUAUAGUAAAUAAUAUAAAAGGAAAAAAUAAGAAUAGUAAAAAUAAUAAGUUAAGUAAUAAUGACGAAGUAAAUGGAAGUAUACAAGCAAUUAAAAAUAAAAAAAAAUUAAAAAAUGAAAAAGAAAACACAAAUAGCUUAAUUUAUUUAGAAACUUAUGAUAUAAAUAUUUUACUAGAUAAAUUAUUUUAUAUAAUUUUUAAUAACAAAGAAUUAAAAAUAAGAAAAGGAUCUUGCCUAUUAUUAGGUAGUGCAAUAAAAGCACAUGGUAUGAAUUUAUUAAAAAAACAUAAAAUAUUAGAAAAAGUAAAUUCUAAUAUUCAUUCAGAAGAUGUUAUUAAAAGACAGAGUUUUUAUUUGACAUAUGGAAGCUUAUUCAAAGUGUUAAAGUAUAAGUUUGAACCAUACAUAUUAAAAAAUUUUAAAUUAUUAUUAGAAUGCUAUAAAGAUAAUGUUAACAAUAUAAAGGUUUUAGGAAUUAGUAUUAUUGAAGAAAUCCUAAAUGAUAUAAGUCAAUAUGGUAUGAAAAAAAUUUUACCAUUUAUUAUUUUGAAUUUAAAAAAUUCUAGCACUAAAAAUAAAGAUAUAAUUUCAUAUUUAGAUACCCUACAUUUAAUAAUUUCUAAAUUUGACUUCAUUAAUUAUAUAGAUAACUAUACAUUAGUAGAUUUGAUCAAUUUACUUUGUGAAUUAGUAGCAGAAACUAAUACUAAAGUGAAAGAAAUAUGUAUUAAAAUUUUCAAUAAAUUAGAAAAAAUGAUUCCUAAUAAUGAAAUGAAAAAUAUAAGUAGACAGUUACUAUUAUGUAUUUAUUCUCCAAAUGAUGUUCAUUUAAAUGAUUUUUUAGAUAUUUUCUCUUCAAUAUCUUUUGAAUUUAAAAUUGAUAAUAUUUCCUUAUGUUUAUUAUUCCCAAUUAUUAAAAAAGGUAUAAAUAAUAUAAGAUUAGAAAUAAAAAAGAAAUCGCUACAAAUAUUUUAUUUCCUAAUAUAUCUAGUUCAAGAUCAAUCAUUAUUUAUAAUUUAUUACAAUAAUAUAUUUGAAACACUAAUAGUUUUAUUAAAUGAUGCUAUACCUGACAUAAGAUAUCUGACUGCUAAAUCUAUAGGAAAUAUUAGCCAGUUUUUAGAUAAGAAUCAAAAAUUGUUUUAUAUUCAGUUUAUUUUUAAUAUUCUUAUAAAUACUUUUUCUUCUGUUGAAAAAAGUGGAGUUGCUUUAUGUUUAUCUUCCAUUUUAUCUAAAUGUUCAGAAAAUAUUGCAAAUACUUUUAUCUCUAAAAUUAUACGUUUAAUAGAUAUAAAGAAAUAUAUUGAAAUAAGAAAUAAACAAACAAAAAAAAAAAAAAAAAAUAAAGAUUACAUUACUAAAUUUGAAAAUAAAAAUGACAAAGAAAAUAAAAAAAAUAAAAACAGUAAGAAAAAAAAACAAUGUAAUAAGAAACAAGUGAAACAAAUAGAGUAUUCAGAAGAGGAAUAUACAGAGGAGUUAGAAUAUGAGGAUGAAGAGGAAGAAGAGGAAGGAGAAGAAGAGGGAGAAGAAGAAGAGGGAGAAGAAGAAGAUUAUGAUGAUGAAGAUAAUUUAGAAGAAGUUUACAGUGGAGAUGAUGAAGACGAUGCUGAUGAAGAUGAAAAUGAAGAAGAUAAUGAUGAAGAUAAUGAAGAAGAAUAUGAUUUUGAGGUAGAUGAUGAUGAUUACGAUAUAUAUGAUGACGAAGAUAAUGAAGUUAAGGAAACAUAUUAUAAAGAUGAUGAUGAUGAUGAUGAUGACGAAGAUGAGGAAGAAUAUUAUGAAGAAUAUAAUGAUGGAGAAAGUGAAAGUGAUUCUUCAUUAUGUAAAAAUAAUGAAAAAAAAUAUGAUUAUUUAAAUGGUUAUUAUUUAAUAAAAAAAAAUGAAAAUGAUGAGUAUCUCAUAAAUAUAGAUGAUGAUUUAAUAAACUGGAAAUUAAGAUAUGAUAAAAAAAUUAUAAAAAAUGGAAAUGCAAAAGAAGGAUUAAUUGGAUUUUUUAUUUAUAUGCCUGAGUGUGAACAAAAUUAUACAGAAAAGUUUUUAAAAAAUAUUUUACAAAAAUUAAUGUUAUGUUUAAAUGAUACUAAUGAAAAAAUAAGAGAUAUUUCUUUAAGGGCUUGCAAAGUUCUUAUUAGUAUUUAUUCUAGAAAUAACACUUCUUUAAUUUUAAAAAACAUUGAAAAUAAAAUUUAUAAUGGUUACUGGAGGUUGCGAAAGGAUUGCGUUAUUUUAUUAAAUAUAUUAAUUGAAAAAAAUUUAGAAAUAAAUAAAGAAGAAAAGGAUAUAGAAUUAUUACAUAUAUUACAUGAAAGAUUUUAUUUUAUGUUAUCUUUAAUAUGUAUAAUGAAAAAUGAUAAAAAUAUGAAUGUAAGACAAGCAGCUUAUAAUAUAUAUAAAAAUUAUGUUAAUAAAAGGAUAUUACAAGAAAUGUGGCCUAUAUUAUUAAAAAAAAUUACUCAGAAUUUAUCUUCUAAGAAUAAUUUUAAACAAGUAAUUAGUGCAUUAUCUUUAGGUGACUUAGUUUUUAAAACAGAUUCUUCUUCUUUAGAAUUUAUUUUAGAUAAUAUGAUUAAAGAGUUUAAAACAACGAAAUAUAUUUCUAUAAGAAAAGGUAUAUCGCUUGGAUUUUAUGAAAUUUUUUCUAAAAACAAAUUUGAUAAUUUAAUUGUUAGUCAUAUUCAUAAUAUUAUUUAUAUGAUCAAAGAAUUGGCUUAUCAUAAAAAUACUUCAGAUAAAAUAAAGAUGCUAUGUUCACUAUUAAGAAAUAUUGAUACAUCUAUUUUGAAAAAUAUUAUAAGUGAUAUAUUUAAUAAUGUUCUUACUCAGUCUACAACUAGUAUGAGAGAUUUCAGUUCUAAACAGAUUAUAAAUUUUAAAAGUAUAAAAAUAUUUUUAAAUGUUCAUACAGAUUUAGUUCUAGAUUUUAUUUUAGCUAAUGUAUUUAAACCACCUUAUAACGUUGCUAAAUUAAAAUUAUUAUCAUAUAUUUCAUAUGCAAAAUUAAGUACGUAUAAAAAUUUAUUCACUAAAAUUCUUAAAAUAUUUAUCAAUUUAAUUUUAUACAAUUCAAUACAUUUAAGUGAUGGAUAUGAUAUUAAAAAUUAUUCUGCUAUUAUUUCCAACUACAAAGAAGAAAAUGAAUAUGAUAAGAAAAGUACUAUAUCUAAUGAAAAUAUAAAAAACGGAAUAAACGAAGAAUUCAAUAAAGAAGAGGAAAAAAAUAAUACAUACGAAUACUUUUAUAAAACUCAAAUAGAUUUGCAAGACAUAGCAAGAUGUUUAAAAGAUUUUCUAAAAUAUAUUAAUGAAAAAAAUAUAGACACAUUUACAGAAAUAAUAUUUGCUGAACUGAAGAAAUAUUCUAGUAAAAUAGAUUUAUCUUACAGUACAUUAUGUAAAUGUGAGAAUGAUUCUAAAGCUGAAGGAAUUAAUUAUGUAGAUUUAAUGAAGAAUUAUACAAUAAUAACAGAUGCAAACAAAUUAAAAGAAUUAAAGAUAUAUGAAUAUAAAGAAGAAAAUGGAAAAAUUAGAGAAAUAAUUUUAUCAAUUUUUAAAUAUUUGUUGGAUAUAAUAAAUGACGGAGAUAUUUCCUUAGUUACAAGUGAAAACAUAACAUCAUUUCAUGAUAACAGUACAGUGGACCAAAAUAAUAAUAAUAGUAAAAGAAAGAAAAUAAACAAAAAAAUUAAUAUUUUAAACAUAUAUAGGAUAACAGUUUAUUUAAAUUAUUUGUCAAAUUAUACAUUAAUUGAUUUAAACAAGAAUGUAUUGGAUAUAUCGUCAACCAUUUAUGUAUAUUUAAUUGAAUUAAUUAAAAAACUAGAUAAUAAUUAUAGUUAUAUUGAUUUAUUUAAUAGUAUUAUAAAUAAAUAUUGCACUGAUAAUAAUUUAAAAGAAAUACCUGAUGAUAAAUAUGAAAUAGUAGGAUUAAAUUUAAAUAAACGAUUAUUUGCUUCUUUCAUAAAUAUGUUUACUAAUGUAAUUUUAUUAUCAACUAAUUCAGAUAUAAAAAUCAAAGCAAUUGAUAUAUUAAGAAAACUUUUUGUUUAUACAAAUACAGAAGUUUCGAAUUUUUUCAUUUUAAAAAUAUCUGGUAUACUAAUACGUAUAUUAACUAAUAAAUACAUAGAACAAGCAAAAUAUUAUAUUUUCUCAACUUUUGAAGUGUUGAUUAAAAAAGGAAGUAAUUAUAUAAAGCCAUUGAUACCUCAACUUCAAACAUGUAUAAUAAAAUCAUUAAAUAACGAAAAACUAAAAAAUCAAAUUAUUCAUAUAUUAAAUAUUAUAUCAGAAAAAAAAUUAUCAAAAGUAGAUUUACUUAUUAAUGAUUUAUUAAAUAAUAUUAAUACACAAGUUAAUGUGCAAACCUCUAUAACUAUAUUAAUGAUAUUAUCCAAUAUAUUAAAUACUGCAGAUGUUAAUGUAAAAAAUAUUUUAAAUAAAAUUAUAAAUUCUAUUAAAACACUUUUCAAUCAUAGUAACAAGGAAAUAUCUUUUUAUUCUUGCAAAGUAUAUAUAUUGCUAAUUUUUUUUCAUAUACAAAAUAAAAAGCAAUAUUUAGAAAGCAUUUUAACAUUAAAGUCUACUUUAGAUAUAAACACUUAUCAUUUUAUGUUACAUAUUAGUGAAAUCAAUAACUUUUAUGAUAUUUUAAAAAAAGAAAAUUUACUUGAUACAUUUAAGCAGUUAUAUAUACAUAUGCUAAAGGAUGAAAUAAACAGCUUACAAAUUAUAUGCUAUCAAAUAUUUUAUAAUCUAUCAAGAUAUGAUGAUGAUUGCUUAUUGUUCAUUUAUAAUAUUAUCAAUUAUUUAAAAUUACCUCCUUUAAUUAUGAUAUCUAUUGAAUUACACAGAUAUUAUUUUAAGGGACUUAAAAAUAUUUUUAAGAAAAAAGCUAAUAUUUAUAAAGAAAAUAUACCAAAUUUUUUUAUUAUUAUAGACAAUAUAUUCUUAGCAUUAUUUAAUACUUUACCCGUUUUUAAAUUAUUGGGAGAAAGUUGUAUUAAAUAUGUCUUGGAAAUAUUUGAUGAAAAUCAAUAUAAAACAAAAAUAGAUUUAUUAAAGGAGAAAAUGGAAACAAAAAAAUACAACCAAUUACUUGAAUACGUAAGUCGCGUUUUGAUUAAGAAACGUAAUACUACUUCAGAAUCGGAAUAA